AUUAACUAACCGCCAAAAUCGUGUCAUAAGAACCAAUGAAAAUCCUCCAUCCAAGUUUUGAAGCACUAUUUCCGUUCAAGAUGGCCGAAAAAACUAUGCCUAUUUUUGUUCCAUCAGAAAAGCCUCUUAAAGUGAUAAAGUGGAAAGUUAAACAAGGUGCUGUUGUAUCGCAUGGCCAAAUACUCUUUUUAUACAGCGACUCUUCGGGCAAAAGUAGUGUACCGCAGAAAUUUAAAGCUGCCUGUGGUGGUACUAUCUUGUCAAUCAAGGUGAAAGAAGGAGACAUCGCCGAACCUGGGGGUUGUGUGGCAGAAUUAAAAGAAUGCAAACAUUCAACUGUGAUGAAGGAAAUGUGCGCGGAAUGCGGCUCCGACCUCCGUAAAGAUGAACGUGUCAAAGGCGAAGUUGCUAGUGUCCCUAUGGUGCAUUCCGUACCUGAAUUAAAGGUUUCUGAGGAAUUAGCUCUAAAGUUAGGACGUGAAGAUGCUGAACGUCACUUGAGGAAUAGGAAACUGGUUCUUCUCGUUGAUUUAGAUCAAACAUUAGUGCAUACAACUAAUGAUAAUAUACCACCAAAUCUUAAGGAUGUUCUUCACUUUUUCCUCCGUGGUCCCGGAAAUACUGGAAGAUGGUGUCACACUAGAUUAAGGCCUAGGACUAAAACUUUCCUAGAAUCCGCCUCCAAAAAGUAUGAACUGCAUGUAUGUACAUUUGGAGCAAGACAGUAUGCACAUGCUGUUACCGAAUUAUUGGAUCCCGAGAAAAAAUAUUUUUCACACAGAAUACUAUCACGGGAUGAAUUUUUUGAUGCUAGAACAAAAUCUGCUAAUUUGAAGGCUUUAUUCCCAUGUGGAGAUAACAUGGUGUGCAUUAUAGAUGACAGGGAGGAUGUAUGGCGUCAUGCAGCUAACUUGAUACAAGUUAGACCAUAUUCAUUCUUUCAGUCUACUGGAGAUAUAAAUGCACCUCCACCAUUAGAUGAAAAAUCAAAACAAGAAACAAAUAAUGUUAAAAAUGGUGAUCAAAAAUCUAAUCAGGAAAUGCCAACAUUAGACGAUGAACCUGAAAAGAAAGAAGAAACUAAAGACAUAAAUAAUACAGACCAAAAGAGUGACAUACAAAAUGGUAAAGUAUCAAAUGAAGUGACAGAGAAUGGAGAUGUGAAUUCAAAAGUAAAGGACAAUGAAAAUGAUGGAAACAAAGUGACUACGGAAAGUGAACCUCAGUGGCCUGAACCAAAAGACGGAGAGAUUGAAAUAGAUGAUCCUGAUGAUUAUCUUAUUUAUUUAGAAGACAUACUUAACAGGAUACAUCAGCAUUUUUACGAUCUUUACGAGAAUAUGGGACGUAAACAGAUACCAGACUUGAAGACUAUAAUACCUGAGGUGAAGAGCAAAGUGUUAGCGGGUGUCAGUCUGGUGUUCAGUGGCCUGGUGCCCACUCAUCAGAGGCUGGAGACAUCCCGCGCGUACUUAGUGGCCAGGAGCCUGGGUGCGGAAGUCACACAAGAUCUCACGGAGAAAUCUACACAUCUAGUUGCAGUACGUUCAGGUACGGCGAAAGUGAAUAUAGCGCGACGUAUGGCGGAGGACAAACGAAGAAAGUUUUAUGUAGUGACACCAGAAUGGCUGUGGACAUGUGCGGAGAGAUGGGAGAGGGUGGAUGAGAGGCUAUAUUCUUUACAACGAGGUGGACAGAGUAGCUCACGGCGGCCUCCAGCGCACUGCAGCAGCCCGCCGCCCGCGCCGCCGCCGCUGCCCGCGCUGCGCAAGCGCACGCCAUCAGGACGGUUCAUGGACACCAUUAAUCCACUGCUCUCGUUCUCAAGUGAUGACAUUGCUGAUAUGGAUAGAGAGGUGGAAGAUAUUUUCAAUGAAUCAGAUGAAAGUGCAUCUUCAGAUGAUGAAGAAAAAACUAACAAAAUGCAAGAUGAUCUUGAUGAUGAAGAAAACCCACCCGAGGACAAAUUACUGUCAGUAGAAUCAGAUAGCUCACAAGGAAAAUCACAAGAUCCUAAUGCUUCAAGUGACUCAGAUGAAGAAACACCAAGGCCACGAAAGCGACGGCGAAGGUCAUCGGAUGACGUGCCACCAGAUGACGAUGACAGUUCUUGGAAUUUAAUGGGCGCAGCGCUCGAGCGGGAGUUCUUGGCAGAAUGAUGCCAGUCUUACUAACAUAAGUUAUAAAGUAAUAUGUCGCAAUACAUUUCUCUAUGGUUCAUA